GCCUAGUACAGAGGGAUCAUGUGAUGGCUGAUUGAUUGCAACACUGUUGGGAGCUAGUAAAAGCUGCAAAAGCAGAUUAAGCAGAGGUACAUUCAAGGCAGGAAUGUGCAUUUUGGAUGACAUCCUAUGCUGCAGUCUUCAUCACGCUGGGAUAGUGCUGGGGAGCAGAUUGCAAGAGCCUUUCAAGGGCAAAGGGGUGAUGCUGUGAAUGAGGAAUUAUAAUGUGGGGAGUGAAUGGCACUGAAGAUGCCAAAUGGGAUCCUAACAAAGGCAUGGUCGAAGCUUAAGGAAGUCUCUUUGGACUGAAGCAGCAUGGGAAUCCCAGCCUCGCUUGUUGUUUACAUUGUCAUCGAGGCAGUGAUAGCUUUGAUUUCUGUACUUGGAAAUAUACUGGUAAUCUGGGCUGUGAUUGUCAACCAAGCCCUCAGAGACACCACUUUCUUUUUCAUUGUGUCACUUGCCGUGGCUGAUAUCGCUGUAGGUGCCUUGGUCAUCCCACUUGCCAUCAUAAUAAGCAUUGGACUGGAGACAGAGUUUUAUAGCUGUCUUAUGGUGGUCUGCAUAGUGCUUAUUUUGACUCAAAGCUCCAUUUUAGCACUACUAGCCAUUGCUGUGGACAGGUAUCUCAGAGUCAAGAUCCCAACCAGUUACAGGAGCGUUGUUACAGCAAGAAGAGCAGGGAUCGCAAUCACGGGAUGCUGGGUCCUCUCCUUCCUCGUUGGCUUGGUCCCCAUGUUCGGAUGGAACAAUAUGAACAACCUGAGAAACGAACAGAACUCCACCGAGAAUGGACUGAUUAUCACAUGUCAGUUUGAGACAGUGAUUAGCAUGGAAUACAUGGUCUAUUUCAAUUUCUUUGUCUGGGUCUUGCCUCCACUCUUCCUAAUGCUAAUUAUUUAUUUGGAAGUCUUCAAUCUGAUUCAGAAACAACUCAACAAGAAAGUAUGUGCGAAUUCCAAAGACCCACACAAGUAUUAUGGGAAAGAACUUAAAAUUGCCAAAUCUCUGGCAUUAAUCUUGUUGCUGUUUGCUUUAAGUUGGCUCCCGCUCCACACAUUGAACUGCAUCACUUUAUUCUGCAGGACUUGUAAGACACCAAUGAUUAUUACUUAUGUUGCAAUUUUCCUGACACAUGGAAAUUCCGCAAUGAAUCCUAUUGUCUAUGCUUUCAGGAUUGAAAAAUUCCAAUCUACAUUUUUGUACAUCUGGAAAAAAUAUUUCUGCUGCAAACCUAGUAGGUUCAGAAAUGGCAGGCAUACCAUUGGUGAGAGUUCGAAAAAUGUCCUUUGAGAUGUGAAAUACACAUGGCUUGUUUUUGUACACUAUACUAUUCCCAAUAAUCAUAAUAACCGGUAUAUGAACAUAUGUCCACCAGUUCCAAUAAACAGCCGUCGUUAAAUGAGAGAAGUAUGUGCUGGUAUCCAUAUUAAAUAAACUGUGUUUACUUUACUCAUGAGUUUAUGAACAAGUACAAUAUAAUGUUUAUUUGCUUGCUACAGAAAUUCUGAUAUCUUAUGUCUAAACAGUUAGUGCCACCAUGUGUUCAUAAUAUGUAUAUACAUCUUUUUUGGAUUUGUAACCUGUAUGAUUUUUAGAUUACUUUACUGAGUAAGAAAAUUUUUUGUUUUUUUAAUUGUCUUUAAAAUUUGAUAUAUAAUUUAAAAUACUAAUAAAAUUGGAAGAGAUAGAAAGUAGGGCAGAUCUAUUAAAAUUUGACUUGAGAAUCCUGAUGGAUUCACGCACCAUUUAACUCCUAAAGGGAGCUUAUCUAUAUAUUCAAACCACAACUGAACUAUGAUGCUACUUUGAGCAGCCAAAUCCAGCAGCAAAUAUUUGUUCUAGUCUGUGCUUCUAAGGUGUUAUGGGGAAUCGUGGUCUGUCAUAUAAACUACUAUGUUAAUUACAAAUGCUAUUUUAUGACAAUGGAAAUGAUAAUCUACUCAAUGCAAUGGGAAUCUACUUCAGCACCAUCUCUUAGUUUUUUAGAAAACUAGUUUAUGAUGUUUUACCUAAACAGAAUCUGGUCUAUAAGACUAGUGGUUGUCUGGCUACAUUUCUGGGACUCAUAGUUAAAUGCAGAACACUCAUAAAAAACUUGGUUUCCAUUA